CUUUGAAGCAGACGCGCGAUAAGGAUCCCACGCGAGGCCCUUUCCAUAUGGCUUGAGAAGGGGAUUUGAAGCCCUAUAGCCUACAGGUGUCCUGACUCCUACUCGGCUCUGCUCGGGCGAUGUCAUCCGUCAUAUCGUCGCAAAGCUUGAUAUUCCCGAGGAAGGUCUCGUAAUUCCCCCGAGACGCGCGCCACGUCUCUGGACUACUUAUAGCGUUCGUGAGCAUUGUGGUGCACGUCGCCGACCGCAGCGUCCCCAUCGACAUGUUCUCGGCACUCCUGCAAGUGAUAACUGCUCUCGCUGUACUGACAGCUCCCCAUGUCGAGGCGAGGCGAACGUUCACCAAGGCGGAUUUAUGGGCAAGACAGGAGGAAGCGGUGAAGAGGCUCGGCCCAUACCGUCGCGCGGAGUCGAGCAGCGGAGGACCAGGGACGGUGAAGAACAUCACAUUCACGAACCCCCGUGCAUCUGAGUUCUACGUCGAUGGCGCAACCAUCCCGCUUGUCGAUUGGGACGUCGGUCCUAGCUGGGCGGGUCUGUUGCCCAUCAGCAACAAAACGGAUGAAAGCAGACAGCUCUUCUUCUGGUUCUUCCCGCCCGGUCCUGAGGGUAGCUCGGACGACUUGAUAUUCUGGACGAAUGGCGGGCCGGGAUGCUCCUCCCUCGAAGGUUUGUUGCAAGAGAACGGCCCUCUCAACUGGUCGCCGGGACAGGCUAAGGCGAUACCGAACGAGUAUAGCUGGACCAACUUAUCUAGCAUCCUGUACGUCGAGCAGCCUGUCGGCACGGGCUUUUCGCAGGGUACGCCGGAUAUCGACAACGAGGAUGAGCUCGCGGAGCAGCUGGUUGGCUUCUUCCAACAAUUCUUUGAAGUUUUCUCCGAGCUCAAGGGCAAGAACUUCUACUUGACUGGCGAAAGCUAUGCGGGAACCUAUAUCCCUUACAUCGCCAAUUACAUCUACGACAACCCGGACUCGGUUCCCGUCCCUCUCAAGGGCUUUUGGAUAUCUGAUCCCUCGGUUUCGUGGGACGUCGUGCAAGAGGAAAUCCCAGCUGUCGCCUUCGUCAACAAGUAUCUGAACGUGUUUGCGUUUAACCAGACAUUCAUGGCGUACCUCGAUCAAACGGCCGCCGCAUGCAACUACACCGGGUACAUGGAAAAAUACGUGACCUACCCGCCUCAGGGCCUUCUGCCUCUUCCAGGGUCAAGCGUCGAGUCCGACGACGGAUGCGACGUCUGGGACGCGAUCUUUGAUGCAGCGCUGUUGGUCAAUCCCGCCUUCGACAUCUACCGUAUCUUCGACACGUACCCGAUCUUGUGGGACGUCCUCGGCUUCCCUGGCUCCUUCCCUCAGACGCAAGUGUCGCCUCUAUACUUCAACCGCGACGAUGUCAAGGCCGCGAUCCACGCCCCUUCAUACGUGGACUGGACUGAGUGCUCGGAUAUCAACGUCUUCCCGAAUGGCGACAAUAGCCUUCCACCGGCACUGUCGGUGCUUCCAAGCGUCAUUGAGAGGAGUGAAAGAGCAGUGAUCGUGCACGGACUGGCGGACUUCAUUCUGAUCGCAGACGGGACGAGGAUUGCUAUCCAAAACAUGACUUGGAAUGGCCUGCAAGGCUUCCAGACGCCGAUCCAAAACGACAGCUUCAUCGUGGACGGCAUGGGCGCGCUCGGAACCGUCCACUCCGAGCGGGGUCUGACAUACUUCGAAGUCGCGCUGUCGGGACACAUGGUACCCCAAUUCUCGCCCGUCGCUGCUCUCCAGAUCAUGCAGUAUUUGAUGGGAUUCAGAGACACUCCGUAGCUCCGGCAUGCCAAUAUGACCGCCCCGAGACACUCUUGUGCUGUGUCCAUAUAUGAUAAGCGAAGCAGUUUUGUGAGUGAACACGAGAGCAGAGUGCAUGAUAACCUGGGCUGUAUGAGUGUUCACAGCAAGCGUCUCUCAUCGCGCUGCAGCGACGACUUCUGUGAUGGCCGACGACUCGGACGAGUUGCAGCAAGUUGGCAACGUCAAGUUCCGCCCCUCCUCCGGAGCCCGUGGCCGCCCCGCAACUUGUCUCACCGCAUCAGGGCAAGUACCGACAUCCCCAUCAAAGAGCCGAAGGAAGCGUAGCGCAUCAUGCGCAGCGAAGCUGAUCUCCAGAUGCGUCCACU